AUGCGCCAAGUGCGGAGACGACUGUCAUUCCAUGGCACUUCACAAAAAGACAAACCUGCCACGGCAGGUACGAAACAUGGCAAGGAGCUAAAAACGGCCUGCAUUUCGGUUUCCCACAAGCCCCUCACCAGGGGAGUGUCUUGUAGCAAGAUUGUUCUUGUUGAUUUUCUCUCUGAGAAUGGUUCUUAAAAGCCCCAUCACACUUAUGCAAUCAUAGACGACCAGAGGAAUGCUUCCAUGAUAACUCCAAACCUAGCGAAUAGGUUGGCCCCAACCAGACCAAAUAUCAAGUACUUCCUGAUGACCUGCAGUGGUGGGAGAGAAGAAAAGUCUGGGAAACGAAUUUUUUGUGUUAUGCUAUGCUCCAUGACCGGCAUAAUGGCUAGGCUUCCUCAGCUUGUCGAGUGCACAAACAUCCCCGAGGACAAGCGUAAAAUCGCCAUGCCAAAGAUCGUCAGAUAGUGCUCUCACCUCAAGGAGAUUGCCCAUGAAAUCCCACCUUACGAUCCCAAGGCGAAUGUUGAGAUCCUUACCAGAAGAGAAGCACCAGAGUUGUUGAAGAUAACAGCUGGCAGAAAUGGACCUAAAGGAGCUUCAUGGGCCUAGAAACUAGACUUGGGCUAGACCAUCUCGAGCCAAAUGUGUUUAAAUUGAGUCGGUGGUCCAGUGCAAAUCUCAGCACACCACACAACAAUGGACCAUUUAGCCAAGUCUGUUACCAGUUAUCCCCGAAAUGACAAACGCUUCCUCCGAAUGAUGGAGAUGGGAACUCACAAGAAGCAACAGGGAAACAGGGAG